AUGCGCUGGUGGGAUGGGAUAGCGCAGCUCAUCAAUCAAGUUGUCUCAGCCAGGGGGGGCAAACGACCAGUGAUGUCCGUGCACUUGCUGCCCUUGCCCUUCGGGAAACCCUCUGCAAGAACGGUGAAGAGGGGGGAGAGGAAGAAAUGGCUAGACGCGAAUCCCGACGAGCAAAGUGACGAAGGGGUGGACCGAACCAUCCAAACCCUCCUUCCAACCGUGGAUACGAUCCUGGUCUACUCAGCGGAACUGAAGCUCCUCCUAGUCCCAUCAGAUGUCGCUGGCAAGGAUGCACAAACCGCGACAGCUUUUCUCGUGAAGAAGUAUUGGUUCGACAUAUAA